GCCAUAUCAGCAGCGGCAACGGCACUCGCUUCCAAACAAGUAACUGUCAAAAAGCAGCUUUCUUCGAAUUCUUUACUCCCUUCUUCGAAAUUUACAGUUUCUUCGCUGCUUUGUUCUCUUAAGAAAACCAAAGACACGAGGAGCAAUAUUGUGUGAAUACAGAGGUUGUUUUGUUGGAGAAAACUGACGUCAAACAAAGUUUGUUUCCCUGCCCCUUCUUUGAUUUUCCCUGUCUUUGCUUACGUUUGACUGGGAUCGUUUUUUUUAGCUUAGCUGGCUAAAGUUCUAGACUUUGCUGUGAAAGUUGGGAUCUUUUUAGAAUUUCUUGGUUAUAUCUCAUGUGGGUUUUCUUGAAAGUUGGUGCUUAUGCUAUAAAAAAACCGGGUGCCAAAACCCAUUUUGCAUUUUCUUGUGUCAUUUUCUAGAGGGUCCAUAGAAAGAUUUAUUUUUUAUUUUGCUAUCAAAACCCACUUAUAGAUUAAAUCUAUAGUUGGUAUUCUGUUUGCUAGCUGGUUUGCUGAUUUGAGCUUUUGUAUUUGCAUGAGGGAUAGAUUGUUUCAAAAUCCCUUGAGAAUUUAGUUUGUCCAAGAUCAGUGGUCUAAAGAUCACAGUUUUGUAUCUGAAGCUUAGGAUAUAUCACCAAGGUAGGCUUUUGUGGUGGUUUAAGCUUAGGAUAUAUUGGGAUUCUUGGACCUUAUUGUAAUUGAGGGAGAAGAGAAAAUGGUUGAAAAUACAGAAGAAAUGAAUCACACUGUGUAUUCAAAUGGGUCAAUUCAGAACCUGAAUGGGGUUUUAGAAGAGAAGCUUGAUGAGCUUCGGGCUCUGAUAGGCAAAGCAGAAGGUGAUCCGUUGAGGAUUGUUGGCAUUGGGGCAGGUGCUUGGGGCAGUGUGUUUACUGCUUUAUUGCAAGAUAGUUAUGGUCAUCUAAGAGAUAGGGUACUGAUAAGGAUAUGGAGAAGGCCUGGUAGAUCGGUUGAUAGGUCCACAGCUGAGCAUUUAUUUGAAGUGAUUAAUUCAAGGGAAGAUGUGUUAAGGAGAUUGAUUAGGCGUUGUGCUUAUUUAAAGUAUGUUGAGGCAAGAUUAGGUGAUAGGAUUUUACAUGCAGAUGAGCUUUUGAAAGAUGGAUUUUGCGUGAAUAUGAUAGACACCCCACUUUGCCCAUUGAAGGUUGUGACCAAUUUACAGGAGGCUGUGUGGGAUGCUGACAUUGUUAUUAAUGGAUUGCCAUCAACUGAAACCCAUGAAGUAUUUGAGGAAAUUAGUAGGUAUUGGAAGGAGAGGAUUACAGUGCCUAUUAUCAUCUCUUUGGCAAAAGGUGUAGAGGCUGAGUUGGAGCCCGAGCCACGCAUAAUAACCCCCACCCAAAUGAUCAACCGUGCAACCGGAGUUCCAAUGGAAAACAUUCUCUAUCUUGGAGGACCAAAUAUUGCCUCAGAGAUUUACAACAAGGAAUAUGCCAAUGCUCGGAUUUGUGGAGCAGAAAAGUGGAGGAAACCAUUGGCAAAAUUUUUGAGGCAGCCAAACUUUAUAGUGUGGGAUAAUGGUGAUCUCAUUACUCAUGAAGUCAUGGGUGGUCUAAAGAAUGUCUAUGCUAUUGGAGCUGGAAUGGUAGCAGCUCUAACCAAUGAGAGUGCAACCAGUAAAUCAGUGUACUUUGCACACUGUACAUCAGAGAUGAUUUUUAUUACACAUAUGUUGGCAGAAAAACCUGAAAAACUUGCUGGCCCCUUGUUAGCUGACACUUAUGUAACCUUACUGAAAGGUCGUAAUGCAUGGUAUGGUCAAAAGUUGGCCAAAGGAGAGCUGAGUCUUGAAAUGGGGGACAGCAUCAAGGGCAAAGGAAUGAUUCAGGGUGUUUCUGCAGUGAAAGCAUUUUACGAGCUGCUAAGUCAGUCUGCCUUAAGCGUCCUGCAUCCUGAAGAAAACACACCUGUAGCUCCAGUUGAGCUAUGCCCCAUAUUGAAGAUGCUAUAUGGAAUACUUAUAACAAGGGAGUUUACAGUGCCGGCCAUUCUUCAAGCAUUAAGGGAUGAAACAAUGAACGACCCAAGAGAUCGCAUCGAGAUUGCCCAAACCCGAGUUUACUAUAGACCAUCACUCCUUGGUCAGAAUCCUUGACAGCUAGUGCUCUCUCUCUUUCUCAUGCAGUUUUGUCACUCGUCAGUGGAUGUAAAACUAACGAGUUAGUUUCCACUAGCUAGUUCAUAAGCUUGUAGCUAAAUUCUUAAGAUAAGAAGGCUGUCCUGUGUGUUUGAGUUGGUUGUGGAUUCGAAAUGCCUUCCCAAUUCCUUCAUUUGUUGAACUUCGACUCCAUAGAUGACAAUGAACAGAGACUUGUAAUAUGCUUGUUUGACCAA